CCAUAAUUUUGAGUAUUUGACAUGUCAUAAUCUCCCAUUUUAUGAAUCAGAUGUAUUUGUAGAGUUAAACGUGGGAUUCGAUUCUGGAAACGUAGACUUAGAUAGCCCUAUGAUUUUGUGUUACUAG